AUGCAUGUGGUACAUUCAAAUGGAUCCAGUGGGGUGCUAGGGAAAAUCGACGUCAAAUUUAAUGGGUGCUUGACCUGCUUUUUGGCCCGUGAAUCACGAAUAUUUUUCUUCAGGAAUUUGUGGUUAGUCUACAUAGAAUUAAAGAAAGUCGAUAAUUUCAAAUGCCAACAAGUCUGGUCAAUGAUGGCCCAAAAAAAGUCUGAAACCAAAUACUAA